UUUCUCUCUCAAAAACUACAGUCACACACUGCUGCAAGCUCUUCUUAGCUAUGGCAAUGCAAAUGCAAAUGCAAGCUCUAUCGUUUUCGCAGCGGCUCUCUCCGAAGCCGUCGCCGGCGGUGCAGAGAGCGUCUCCGCCGUCCGUCGCUGCGGUUUCCAGAAGAAGCGGCGUCUCGCUCCGCCUCCGCGCGGCAUUCCGGUGUUCUUCUCCGAGGAUGAGCUCUCUAGAGGUGGAUGAGGAGAGAUUUGUUGAAGCGGCUGAGACUGGAAACAUAAUUCCGCUGUAUAAAUGCAUAUUCUCGGAUCAUUUGACGCCGGUGCUGGCUUACCGGUGCUUGGUAAAGGAGGACGACAGGGAGGCUCCGAGCUUCCUGUUUGAGUCUGUUGAGCCUGGAUUUCGAUCAUCGAGUGUUGGUCGUUACAGUGUGCUUGGGGCACAACCAGCUGUGGAAGUUCUCGCAAAAGAGAAUAAAGUUACGAUUCUGGAUCACGCCUCUGGAAAGAUAGUCGAGAGGUUUGUAGAGGAUCCUAUGACAGUUCCGAGAAGCAUUUCGGAAUCGUGGAGGCCGCAACUAGUCGAUGACCUUCCAGAUGCGUUUUGUGGUGGAUGGGUUGGAUUUUUCUCAUAUGACACAAUUCGUUAUGCGGAGAAGAAAAAGCUUCCUUUCUCUAGCGCUCCAGAAGAUGACAGAAAUCUGCCUGAUGUUCAUCUUGGGCUGUAUGAUGACGUAAUUGUUUUUGAUCACGUGGACAAGAAAGCAUAUAUAAUCCAUUGGGUGCGCUUAGAUCAAUAUUCAUCUGCUAAAAAAGCUUACGACGAAGGAAUGAAACGCUUGGAAAGAUUGGUUUCAAAGGUUCAGGACAUAGAUUCACCACGGCUAGCUCCAGCUCGUGUUGAUUUCUGCACUCCUGAUUUUGACCUUUCUCAGUACAAGAGAAACAUGACAAGCGAAGAAUACAUGAAGGGUGUUUUAGAGGCUAAAGAGCAUAUUUUAGCUGGGGAUAUCUUUCAAAUUGUUUUGAGUCAACGCUUUGAAAGAAGGACAUUUGCUGACCCAUUUGAAGUAUACAGAGCUCUGAGAGUGGCGAAUCCAAGUCCAUAUAUGAGUUACUUGCAGGUUAGAGGUUGCGUUAUGGUUGCUUCGAGCCCAGAAAUUCUUGUUCGUGUAAAUAAGAAAAAGGUUGUUAAUCGACCUUUGGCUGGGACAACUAAACGAGGGAAGACAAGCGCUGAGGAUGAAAUGUUGGAGAUGAACCUUUUACAGGAUGAGAAGCAAUGCGCCGAACAUAUUAUGCUGGUUGAUCUUGGCAGGAACGAUGUUGGCAAGGUUUCAAAACCUGGUUCGGUCAAAGUGGAAAAGCUCAUGACUAUUGAACGAUAUUCCCAUGUGAUGCACAUAAGCUCCACUGUAACUGGGGAGUUACUAGAUCAUCUGACGGCUUGGGAUGCACUGCGUGCUGCACUUCCCGUUGGAACAGUUAGUGGAGCACCAAAGGUGAGGGCUAUGGAGCUGAUUGAUGAAUUUGAACCAACAAGGCGGGGACCAUACAGCGGUGGGUUCGGAGGGAUCUCCUUCCUAGGCGACAUGGACAUCGCGUUGACUCUGAGGACAAUCGUCUUCCCCACUGGAGUCCGUUACGACACAAUGUAUUCGUACAAGGACGGCAACAGGCGUCAGGAAUGGAUAGCCCACCUCCAAGCAGGUGCUGGAAUCGUGGCUGAUAGCCAACCAGAGGACGAGCAAGUCGAGUGUGAACGCAAAUCUGCUGGUCUGGCCAGGGCCAUCGAUCUGGCUGAGUCGGCUUUCGUCAACAACGCUGCCCCAGAACCAGCAACGGCGGAUAGCUCUCCCCCGGCCCAGGUCCGCAGUCGGGAGUUGAUUGCUCAUAACGGAGCUAUGGUGCUUGACUUGGAAUCAAACUAGCUUUGUUAGAAUAGUGUUUGUUAUGCUCUAGCGUUUUACAAACUACAGUAUAUGAGGGCUCAUAUGCUUUUAGGCUUAAUAGCUUAAUGCAAGUGCUCUUUUUUUUUCUCUUGCUUUGUCCUUUUAGUUUUUGUAUGUAAAUUAUGUUGAAACUACAGUUUUCUCCCUUCAAAUAGAAUCAGUGGUUUCACA